AUGUCUGCCUAUCUCGUGACAGGCGCCGGCCGCGGGCUGGGACUUGAAUUUAUCUCGCAACUCUCCAAGCUCCCCGAAGACCAAAUUUCGAUCAUCUUCGCAGCGACAAGAUCCGAUCCUUCAGAUGCCCUACAGCAGCUUAUAACUCGGUCGAAGGGGAGGGUAGUGCACCUACCUAUGGUCAUCACCGACAGGGACAGCAUCAAGACAGCGGUGGCGCAGGUUGACAAAACUCUUGCCGGAAAGGGGCUCGAUGUUCUCAUCAACAAUGCCGGCGUCAUGCCACACUGCAUGGACGGCAUCGAGACCAUGGACAACAUUGAGGAUGUGUUCAAGGUGAAUGUGGCGGCCGUUCACGACGUGACGGCUGCGUUUCUGCCUCUUCUGCGCAAGGGCGGACAGAAGAAAGUGUUGAACAUCACCUCUACUCUCGGGUCCAAAGCAAUGGCUCCCCAAUAUUGGUUUGCGCCAGUGCCGGCCUACAAGGUGUCCAAAGCGGCGUUGAACAUGUUGACUCUGCAGUAUGCCUUGGAGCUGGGCAAGGAAGGCUUCACGUUCCUAAUGGUGUCUCCUGGUUACUUGAAGACCGACAUGAGUGGGGAUAGGGCCGAUCUGCCAGUCGAGGUCGGAGCACGAGCAACUCUUGAUAUCCUCUUCAAGAGCACCACGAAGGACAAUGGGUCAUACCAAAAUAUACAUGUUCCCGGGUGGGAGAAUGUGGAAGGACCGAAUAAGUAUGGCGGUGGGGAAGUAUCUUGGUGA